AUGCACCGUGAUAUUGUGUACCUGAACAUAGCCAGAUUGCGAUGCCAUUUUGACGAGUUUAAACUGAUGAUCGAACAAAUUGAACCGAAAAUUGUUAUUCUGACGGAAACGCAUCUGACACAAGAUCGCGACUUUGAGGAAUUUGAGAUUCCGAAAUACAAGUUCUCAGCUUGUUUAUCAAGAUCAGCUCACACCGGAGGUGUCGUGAUCUACAUGGAUGAGCGACUGAACUACAAAACGAUUUCGAACACCACAGCUGGUGAUAACUGGUUCCUAGCAGUUGAAGUGAUAGGCUCGUGUUUAGCUGGAAUCUACGGAGGUGUGUAUCACUCAUCCAGUAGCAGUCACACAGGUUUUAUUGAAUGUUUCGAAAGAUGGCUUGAAGAUGUGUUUACCGAAGAAAAAAGAAAUGUCAUUGUUGGCGAUUUCAACAUUAGAUGGAACGAAUCAGGAUAUGCUCGUGAGCUAAAAAACGUAGUGGAGGCACUGGGGAUGAAUCAACUUGUCUCUGAACCAACACGUGUUGCGCAAAUUAGUAGCACCAUCAUCGAUCUUGUUUUCUCCAACGUUGGUAAUACGACGAGAAUAAAUCUACCUGAACGAAAGACACAGAUCGUAUCCUGGAAGCGUUAUUCGAGAGAACGUCUACAAGCUAUCCUACGAGCUGAUGUGACGCUAGCAAGAACAAGUGUUUCGGUUAAUUAUGCUGCUGAACAACUCAGUGUUUCACUCGUAUCCGCGGUAAAACAAUUGACGGAAACAGCCGAUUUAAGGCUUGGCAGAUCACAGAGCUGGUAUGGAGCCGACCUACGAGGGGUGAAAGCCGAAAGGGAUAGAGUCUACCGCACGUGGAAACGGACCCGCAGCCUAUGUAAUUUGAUACAGUAUAGAUUACUGCGCAACGUCUAUGUACGGGAGCUUCGAGCUUCCAAAAACAAAGCAGUACAGCGUGAAAUUGAACGAUGCAAUGGAGAUUCGAAAAAACUAUGGAAAUGUCUGAAAUCACUUAUUAAACCUGGAGGAAAUGCAACAAUGGAAAUUAUUUUCGAUGUAAAGCGUUCUGGAGCUGAAACAGCUGGAUUGCUGAAUACUUUAAUCGUGAAAAGCGUUGAAGAAAUCCGUAACAUGAUUCCAUCGCCAUCAUCGACAAUACAAGAAAAGGAAGAGGCACAAAGUUGCUUUGAUAAUUUCCAACCGAUCAGUAUGUGGAAGCUUAAACAAACGGUUACAAAUCUUAAGGAUUGUAGUGGCGUAGAUAAUAUUACGAAGCGAGUAAUGAUUGACUCAUUCAAUCAUGGCAUGUUCCCAGAAGCAUGGAAGAAAACAGUGGUGAUCCCGAUACCAAAAAUACCUAAAUCGACUAGGCCAGAAGACCAUAGACCGAUAAACAUUUUACCACUUUACGAAAAGGUUUUAGAGACGAUUGUGAAGGAACAGUUGAUGGCAUAUGUGGAACGUACCGGAAUCCUGUUGGAAGAGCAAUCCGAUCUUAAACGAGCCUUCGAAACAAUUGAUUGGGAGAAGCUGAAAAGAGUGCUGAAGCGCAUCGGUAUCCGUGGGACCGUGCUGGAUUGGUUUCACAGCUAUCUAGAAAAUCGUGUACAAGUGACAAAAUACAACGGUUGCAUAUCACCAACAGCAGAAGUAAACUUAGGUGUUCCACAAGGUUCAAAAAUCGCGAAAUCGUUGAAAAUGGCCGAUUUGGCCAUGUGCAGCGUUCUCAAACGUAUCCGUGAGAUGCAUACUAUCGAUCGGCAGGUUCAUACCAAGCGUCACAGUGGAAAUAAGGAUCGGAAACUGCAUUUGAAGGUGUUGAGAAUGAUCAAGGCAAACCCAGGGCAGUCGGACUAUGACAUCGCCAAGAAAUUCAAUGCCGACCGGUGCACCGUCAGAAAGAUUCGCCUGCGCGAAGGAAAACGAUCUUAUCGGGCCAGUAAGCAACCAAAUCGGACAUUGAAGCAGAAUGUAGUAGCCAAAGGACGUGCCCGGAAGUUAUACAACAAGGUUCUAACGAAGUACGACGGAUGCAUCCUCAUGGAUGACGAAACGUACGUGAAGAUGGAUCUUGGGCAGCUUCCAGGCCAAAAUUUUAUAAAGCCACUGGUCGGGGUGAUGUCCCCGAUUUACUUUUACGCCGCUCGGUGA